AUGAAUAAUGAUGAUAUAACAGAAACAGUUAAAUUUUUAAUCCAUUAUCAACAACAAGCAACGGUUAUCUAUCUUCCAUAUAAUCUAUCAUUAGAAACCUUCUAUACUCAUAUAUGCUCGAUAUGUCAUCUCAAAUGGAAUGAUCCGCCAUCGUUCACUGUUAAAUGGCUUGACGAAGCCUUAGAUGCGAUUACAAUGUCGUCGCAGAGAGAAUUAAAUACUGCCAUACGUCUAUAUAAGAAGAAUUCGGACAAAGAGCUGCAUAUACAUGUAUUUGCAAGUUGUCCAGAACAACCAGGUCUUCUGUGUCCAGGAGAAGAUCCAUUAAUAUAUCGACGUGGCGCACGUCGGUGGAAGAAGCUCUAUUUAAUCAAUGGACAUCGUUAUCAAGCAAAGCGAUUUAGUACAACUGCUGCCUGUACUGUCUGCAACGAUCGUUUAUGGGGUUUAGGUAGACAAGGAUACAAAUGUCUUGAUUGUCGAGUUCUUGUUCAUAAACGAUGCGUAAAACUACUACGAAUCGUAUGUGGCACAACAUCGUCAGGUUCAUCACCUUACCAUUCGAAAGCAAAGGAAACAGAUGGAAGACAUACAUCGAUAAAUAGUCUGACAUCCAAUGGACAACAAUCAACAUCGAGCAAGAAAUCAAAUGAUCAAUCACAACAGAACGGAUCAAGUGACUUGAUUGAACGAAAUAGGCCAGCAGGUGCUAGUGUGAUGAAUGCACGAGAUCCAAUGAGCAAACAGAAAAUGACCAAUAUUUGUGAACCUGGACCAUUGAAGCGAGCACAAGGUUUAACCGAUCUAGGUCAAUCUCCGUUUGAUGAUCCAAGUGGAACGAAUAGUAACUACAUCGAUGUCGGUAGUGACAUGCCAAAUUCUGCACCUGUUCCUCCAACAAUUACUUUGCAAGACUUCGAAUUAUUGAAAGUAAUUGGUCGUGGUUCGUAUGCCAAAGUAUUUCUCGCCGAGUAUCGUCCUCGUCAUUUACGUCAUCUGCCUCAUAAUCAUCAGCCUCCACGUUUAUAUGCAAUGAAAGUGAUCAAAAAAUCGAUUGUAAACGACGAUGAAGACAUCGAUUGGAUUCAAUGUGAAAAGAAUGUCUUCGAAAAAGCAACAAAUCAUCCAUUCCUUGUCGGUUUACACUCAUGCUUUCAAACGCCAUCGAGACUGUUUUUCGUCAUUGAAUUUGUCACUGGAGGAGAUCUAAUGUAUCACAUGCAACGGCAACGAAAACUUCCGGAAUCAAGUGCCAGAUUCUAUGCAGCUGAAAUCACUGUGGCUUUGCAUUUUCUGCAUGAGCACGGCGUAAUCUAUCGAGACUUGAAACUAGAUAACGUUUUACUCGAUGCCGAUGGUCAUAUCAAACUAACGGACUAUGGUAUGUGUAAAGAAGGCUUGGAUUUCAAACGAGAUGAGCGGACAAGUACAUUUUGUGGCACACCGAACUAUCUCGCACCAGAAAUGUUGAGAAAUCAUGACUAUAACUUUAGCGUUGACUGGUGGGCACUAGGUGUGUUGAUGUUUGAAAUGAUGGCUGGACGAUCUCCAUUUGAGAUUGUUGGCUCAGCUGAAAAUCCUGAUUUGAACACCGAAGAUCGUUUAUUUCAAGUUAUUCUCGAACAACCCAUACGUAUUCCACGUUCUUUGACUGUCAAAGCCAAGAGUGUUUUAGAAGGCUUUCUAAACAAAGAUCCACGCAAUCGUCUAGGUUGUCGAUAUGAUCCCAUCAUUGGUUGUCAAGCUGGUUUUCAAGACAUUUGUCUGCAUCCAUUCUUCUAUCCUGCUAUCGAUUGGCAACGAUUAGAAUCUCGACAAAUUGUUCCACCUUAUAAGCCAAUGUUGACUGAAGAUAAGGAUCUUUCACACUUCGAUCCUCAAUUCACCAACGAAGAUGUUGUUUUAACUCCUGAAGACGGUGAAGUUUUAGCGCGUAUCCAACAAUCCGAAUUCGAAGGCUUUGAGUAUGUUAAUCCUUUAAUUAUGACUGUCGAAGGCAAUGUUUAA